AACGUUUGCCUCGGCGACCGUCCUAUAAGAGCCCGGCUUGCAACCAUGCGGAGGAGGAAGGGAGAAGCCCAGCCGCUUCCACCUCAGCCUUGGAGAUCGCCUUGUGUUGCCGCUUCUCUUCCUCGCCGGCAGGAGUCACGUGGAGGGCUGACUCUUUCCCACUGCCUUUGGCCUCGGCGGCAGCAACACCGACAACAGGGAGAGCCCGGCUGGGAGAUCAGCGGCGUUGCUAUUUUAAAGUCAGUUCCUUUUCCCGCCUCUCUUUUGCCAGGGAGUUCCUCAAACUCCGGGAUUAGCAUGAGUUCCAAACCUCUGUGCACCAGGCAAAGGUUGCACCCUUGACUUUGCGAGUGUGUGUCUGUCAAAGCAGCAGCGGAGUCUUCUCUUCGAUAAGGAUUGUUGCUUCCAAGGUGGGACGCUUCAUCAUUGUCUUUUGCAUUAUUCAGGCUGCUUUCCGUUGAUGGCAUCCCUACUACGAUGAAAUAGCGUGUGUGGGGCUGUCAUUAAGUAGUAGCUGAUACUUAUGUACAAGUAUGCUUGCUGCCUGACAGACGUGGCGGCAGCGAUAGUUAGUUGCCUUCUUGAAUGAAACUCCUCAGGGGAGAGAAGCGAGGAAGGAAAGAUUCCUGCAAGCAUUUUUUUUUCUCUGCACCAAGUUUUUUAGUUCAGCCUCCCAGUCUUGGCUAAGAAAUGGAUACGGAUGGCAUUGAUCUUCACAGAAUUCCCCGCGAGUCAUACACUGAUGGUUCAUUUCAUGGGGUGGAGUUUCUGCCGGAUAAUUUCAGAGACUCUCCUAAUGAAACAACAAUGAGGGUGAGUGAAAAAUACUCCACGCUACCUGCCGAUGAGAAGGGGAUCCACAUUAUCAACAUCAGAGCUAUUGAAGAUAUAGGAUAUGUUCGCACAGAGAGUACGUUAUUAAAUUCAUUCUCACAAGAUCCUGAUGCCAACUGCAAGUAUGGACUUUAUUUUAGAGAUGGGAAAAGGAAAGUGGAUUAUAUCCUGGUUUACCACUACAAGAAGUCCUCCUUCAGCAGAACGCUCACCAGGCGAAUCCAUUUCAAUGAUUUGGGGCCUCGAAGCCUCAAACAGGAUCAGCCCCUUCCUGGGAAAGGAGGGCAGGUUAACAUGCAAGACAUUGAACCCCACAUGGAUUACCAUGAAGAUGACAAGAGAGUCCGCAGAGAAGAGUAUGAAAGCAACCUUAUGCAGACCGGCCUUGAGUUAGAAAGAGAUGAAGAUACAAAAAUACAUGGGCUUGGAUUUGUAAAAAUACAUGCACCCUGGAAUGUUUUGUGCCGGGAAGCAGAAUUUAUGAAACUGAAGAUGCCUACAAAAAAGGUAUACCAAAUUCAUCAGCCACAUGGCCUUUUGAAAAAAAUCAAUUCUGUAAUUCAAAAAAUAACAGAGCCCAUCCAACCUAAAGUGGCAGAACACAAGCAUCAGACAGUGAAACGCCUCUCCUACCCCUUCUCCAGGGAGAAACAACACUUAUUUGACCUAUCUGACAGGGAUUCCUUUUAUGACAGCAAAACUAGGAGUACCAUAGUUUAUGAAAUAUUGAAAAGAACUACAUGCACCAAAGCCAAAUACAGCAUGGGGCAAGGAGAGGGAAGAAAGAAGGAAACUACCCUUUUAAAUAAAAGACGAAAAUGUGGUAAAUAUGGGAUCACCAGUCUGCUUGCCAACAAUGUUUACAGUGCUGCAUAUCCCUUGCAUGAUGGUGAUUACGAAGGUGAACACAUUGAGCCCAAUGACAGAAAACUCCUGUGCGAGGAAUGGGCAAGCUACGGAGUCUUUUAUAAGUACCAACCAAUCGAUCUAGUGAGAAAGUAUUUUGGUGAAAAGAUUGGACUGUAUUUUGCCUGGCUGGGAGUUUAUACACAAAUGCUUAUUCCAGCUUCCAUUGUGGGGAUUAUCGUGUUCCUAUAUGGUUGUGCAACAGUGGAUGAGAAUAUACCAAGCAUGGAGAUGUGUGACCAGAGAAACAAUAUCACCAUGUGUCCAUUAUGUGACAGAACAUGCAGCUAUUGGAAGCUGAGCUCUGCUUGUGCCACAGCCCGGGCAAGCCAUCUGUUUGAUAACCCAGCAACUGUCUUCUUCUCAGUCUUCAUGGCUCUGUGGGCUGCUACAUUCAUGGAACACUGGAAGAGAAAACAGAUGCGUCUGAACUACAGAUGGGAUCUGACCGGGUUUGAAGAAGAGGAAGAUCAUCCGAGGGCUGAGUAUGAAGCUAAAGUGUUAGAAAAAUCGCUAAGGAAAGAAUACAGAAAUAAAGAGAAGGGCCAGCAAUUGCCAGAAGAGGCAGCCAACAAAUGGCGACAAAGAGUUAAGAGAGUCAUGGCUGGGGUGAAAUUGACUGAAAAAGAAAAACUGACAUGGAAAGAUCGUUUUCCAGCAUACUUCACAAAUUUUGUGAGCAUUAUUUUCAUGAUUGGGCUGACAUUUGCUAUUGUUUUUGGGGUCAUAAUAUACCGAAUCUCCACUGCAGCAGCUUUAGCCAUCAGCUCCUCUCCCGGUGGCCGGUCUAAUGUUAGAGUAACUGUCACCGCGACUGCAGUGAUUAUUAAUCUGGUGGUGAUAAUAAUCUUGGAUGAAGUAUAUGGUUGCAUAGCCAGAUGGCUGACCCAGAUUGAGGUUCCAAAAACAGACAAGAGUUUUGAAGAACGUCUUAUCUUCAAGGCCUUCCUUUUGAAAUUUGUCAAUGCCUAUACGCCCAUUUUCUACGUUGCUUUCUUCAAAGGCCGAUUUGUUGGACGCCCAGGAGAUUAUGUCUACAUUUUUCAUUCUUUUCGAAUGGAAGAGUGUGCUCCUGGUGGUUGCCUAAUGGAAUUGUGUAUACAACUUAGCAUUAUUAUGUUGGGCAAACAGCUGAUUCAGAACAAUCUUUUUGAAAUUGGCAUUCCAAAAAUGAAGAAAUUCAUAAGAUACUUGAAACUGAAACGACAGCGUCCUGUAGACUAUGAGGAACAUAUGAAAAAAAAACAACGCUACGAAGUAGACUAUAAUCUGGAGCCUUUUGCUGGUCUUACUCCAGAAUACAUGGAAAUGAUCAUCCAGUUUGGGUUUGUAACCCUAUUUGUUGCAUCUUUCCCACUGGCUCCCUUGUUUGCACUCCUGAAUAAUAUCAUUGAAAUACGUCUGGAUGCAAAGAAGUUUGUUACUGAGCUUAGAAGGCCAGUUGCAGUUAGAGCAAAGGAUAUAGGAAUAUGGUAUAAUAUCCUCAGAGGUGUAGGAAAACUUGCUGUGAUAAUAAAUGCAUUUGUGAUCUCAUUCACAUCUGACUUCAUUCCACGCCUCGUGUACCUGUAUAUGUACAGUGAGAGUGGCACCAUGCAUGGCUUCGUGAACCAUACGCUAUCCUAUUUUAAUGUCAGCGAUUUUCAAGAAGGAACAGCUCCAAAUGAUGCUAUAGAGCUUGGCUACCCAGUCCAAAUAUGCAGAUACAAAGACUACAGAGAGCCCCCAUGGUCUGAAAGUAAAUAUGACAUUGCAAAGGAUUUUUGGGCUGUGCUAGCAGCAAGAUUAGCAUUUGUAAUAGUGUUUCAGAACUUGGUUAUGUUUAUGAGUGACUUUGUGGACUGGAUUAUCCCAGACAUUCCCAAGGACAUUAGUCAGCAAAUUCAUAAGGAGAAAGUUCUGAUGGUAGAAGUCUUCAUGAAAGAAGAACAGGGGAAGCUGCAACUGUUAGAAACCUGGCGGGACAAAGAUAAAAGGAAAGGAGAAAACUGUAACAACCAUAGCCCCAGAUCAUCAAUGAGCCAUAGAGGGAGUAUAUCUUCCUGUCAUUCUUGCCAUGUUGAAGUGUAGAAGAGGAAGUUGUUUUACUCCAGGGCAUUCCACUCAUAAACAAGCCAUUACUUAAACUAUAGGACUUGUUUCUAUAACAGCCUGGUGCAUGUUUAAGCAUAUGCAAUCAUUUUGCUUAUAUCUAUGUGAGAAAGUAUGUUCUUACUAAAAUGGAGGACCAUAUUCUGUUUCCGACAAGGUUGGGUUUUGUUUUGUUUUGUUUGUUUUUGUUUUUGCACAAAAAGCAAUGCAGGGAUUUUUUUACAUAUAUAUAUAUAUAUAUAUAUAUAUAUUUCAUGGUUAGCUUAUAACUCUCACUGUUUUUCUAUUUUUUAAAAAAGAGCAGAUAGGAUUCUGUAGGCUAUUCUCUUGAGAAUUUUAUUUUAGCUUAUUUAUUGAAAAAUGACAGAGGGUAAAUAUCUGAUUACAAGUUUUUGAAUAAUUGGAGGCUCCCCAUUCCUGAUAAGCUGUAUGGGAGCUUUACAAUACGCAAAGUAAAAUAAAGAGUAUACUGUGGAGUUCUUCCUUGCAAGCCUGUGGCAGAAAAGCUCUGGAGUUGUCUGCUGACUUCUUUUGCAAGCAGAACUCCUGUUGAGUAUCUUAGGCUUGGUGCUAAACAUGGAAUAUUUUAUUUCAAGUAAAAGCAGCGACAGGAACAUUUUAUUUCUCAUUUGGGGCUCUCACCUCGAGUAGAAUUCAAUUCAUCACUUCACUCACUCCAAGGAACAAAAUGGUCAGAGUAGAAACAUCAUUGAGCCCAGCACUAUUGAGAGCAGCUUAUUUGAACAUCUUUCAUUUGUUUCUUAUGUGAAAGGUGAAGAAUUUGUGAACGGGCAUUUAAGUUUAAGAUUGCUAUCCAGAUUACUAUCUAGUGUUUAAGUGCACAUUCCAGAGGGGGUCCAGAGGACAAGAAGGAAUAUUAGCAACAGCACAAUUUCCCCAAGCACUGAGGGGCCUUUUUAAAAAGUGCCCAGAAUUAAAGAGCACACACAGAGCUGCUAGCAAAUUGCACUGCCCACCACAAACAUGAGAACCUUGUUCCUGAAGGAAUACAUUAAAUUAACUUAUUCCCUAAGCAAUUAUGCUUACAUAGCUUCCCGCUCAGUAUAGCUGGACAUUCCAUCUUUGAUGAUAUCUCAUCCUUCCAAAUACCACAGCCGUUCUAUCAUUUCAACUGACCAGCGCAUGUCACUCACACCAUCCCUUCAGUUCAGCAGUAUGCCCAGUUCCCUGACAAAACCAAAAGAACAAAAUGUUGUUCUCUUCCACUCUGCCGCUUUGCAGCCACUUUACAGCAACAGCAAAGUUCUCUGCCAUUUUACAGCCUCUCUGCCCCUUUCAUCUCUCUUGCUCUUUUCAAAGGUUUGGAGCAUCUUCUCUAUGAACAUUUGGGGCUUUUUACCUUAAUGUGUUGGACUACGACCUGGGAGACCAGGGUUCGAAUCCCCACACAGUCAUGAAGCUCACUGGGUGACCUUCGGCCAGUCACUGCCUCUCAGCCUCAGAGGAAGGCAAUGGAAAACCCUCUCUGAAUACCGCUUACCAUGAAAACCCUAUUCAUACUGUCGCCAUAAGUUGGAAUCGACUUGAAGGCAGUCCAUUUCCAUUUACUAAAGUGAGAUGUGCAAUAGAUAUUUUCUACAAUUAUGUAUGGCAUGGAGAUGAGAGAUUUUUCUCCCUCAUAAUACUAGAAUUAUGGGUCACUAAAAUUAAUAAGCAGUAGUUUUAGAAAAGACAAAAGAAAGUACUGUUUCACACAAUGCAUCAUUAACUUAUUGAAUUCACUCCCAUGAGAUGUAGCAAUGGACACUAGCUUAGAUGUCUUUUAAAAGGGGCUAGACAAAUCUAUGGAGAAUAGUUAUAUCAAUGGCUACUAAAUGGAAGGUCCAUGUUCAGAGACGGUAUAUCUCUGAAUACCAGGUACUUGGGACAUGCAAUAGGGAAGGGCUUUUGCCUUUAUGCCCUUGCUUGUAGACUUCUGAGAGACAAAAGCAACUGUUCAAAUUAGGAUACUAGACUAGAAGGAUUUAUAGUUUGAUCCAACAGGGGUCAUUAUAUGUUCUAGUUAAUUGGGUACCCCAAUCAUCUUUGCAGGAGACCUGAAGAAUCUCUGUAAGUGGAAGGUCAAAUUAAGUGGCAACUAUGGCCCUUCAUCUUUUUUAAAAAAUAUAUUUUUCUAAUUCCACUUAUAUGAAAUUGAACAUAAGAACUUGAAAUGAUUCUAUAAAAUUAAGAACCAUUAAGGUUGUCUUCCGUGGAAGGUCACCAGUAUGACUAGUCUUCCUACGCAAGUGCUCAAAGAAUUGUAAUAAAAAAGGGGGUCCAUGUGGACUUCUGGUUGAGCCUGGCUUUGCAUUUGUUUUUCCUAGAGCUAAAAGCCCUAAAUUGGCCUUAAGCUGAAUAAAAUAUAGUGGCAGUUGGUCAUUCCUGGCAGUAUUGCUGAAGUGGGGAUAAUAUGACCCAAGUACUAAAUUCUGUGUUGGACCCGAUAUUCCACCCACAGUGAUUCUGUGAACGAGAAUAUUCCUCUUCAUUUUUCUAGCUUUUUGGAUUCUAUGUCCUCUUUGACAUAUAGAGCAAAUCUAACCCCAAAACACCCUUCCCUAGCCUUUCUAUACAGUUUGUAUUCAGGAGUAACUGUAUCCCACCAAUUCUGUCCAUUCCAGCAGAUCUCAGGUGUACCUACUAUUUUUUCUUUUUUUAAUAUCAGGCUCUACAGCUCCCUCAUCUUGGGUCAGAGGCUUCUAGCAUGAGCAUAUAAAUACUUACAUGUUACAUCCCUCACCAAAUGCCUUUGUUAAUGUGCUGUUUCCCCUAUGACCCUAUGGAGUGCCAUGCAGAAAGGAAGAAGUCCAGACUGUGUAUGCAAAUCUACUCUAAGACGUACUGCAACUGCACAAAUUGCUCUGGAUACUUCAAAGUCCAGGGAUCCAUGAACAAAAUUCGGGCUAGGAACAACUAAAUAGCCCUUGAUGCUGGCACUUUACAGUUUGUAUCUCUCAUCAAGUCUGAAGGGCAUGUAUGUGUAAAAUUUAGUGCAUGCCUCUGUAAAAUAUUUGGAAACAGCAACUGGGAACAGAUCAAGUUGAGAGUGACACAUGGAUGUCCUUCACACUUGAUGAUGAUAAUAAUGUUACGCUUAUCAUUUAUAUACCACUUUCCACAGUACAAAAAUUAUUCAGAUGCAUUAUGUUGUUGAAAAAUGUGACGAGAAGCAAGUGUAUUUCUUGUACACUAGCUGCAAAUGUAAAGGGAUACCUAAUCCUCAAAGUGUUGCUGGUAUCCAACAUUUGCUAUUCCAUACAGGCUGAGGGCCUAACAGCAUCCUUUGACCAACUUUGGCAGCAUGUAUCCAGCUCCUGAGAUGGAGAAGGAAAGAACUGGGAAAAUCAGUUUAGUAACAGGCAACCAUCACACACUCUCCUUACUAUUUCCACAUUUGGCAACAAUUGGCACUGUUGACAGGGUCUGGGCAGCCAAAUCACAUGACAACAUUCCUUCCAAUGUCAGUAUCUAGGGAAAGUAACCCAGGAGAAAGAUCUGGAUUACAAGUACUAGUACUAGAGCAUCCCUGCCAGGUCCAGCCCCAUCCCGCAGUUAUAUCUAAUGUUGGCCCUAAUGCUUAGGAUAGGAUUACUAACUGCUGCAAAAAUAUGUAUUACAAAUAGAUAACCGCAGUGAUGCAGGUGGACACAAAGAUGAAAGCAGAAUGAAAAUGGCAGGCACUCUGGGCAGACACAAUCACAUGAAAAGCCUUUGUUAUUUAUUUAUGUAUUAUGUGUGUUCCUGGCAGGACGUCAGUUCCAUCUUACCUACACCUUCAAUGCAGCUGUGACCUGAGCAAAACCAACAAAACAUAAUACUGUUACUUCACUCACGACAAAUGUUAUGUACAAUAUGAAAUGUUUAGUUAAUAGUCUUCCUAGUUAUGAACUACAGCAUAUAAUAUCAUAUACCAAAAAAAAUUCCUAUACUGUAAAAGGUGAGGAAGAAAUUUCAUUUUAAGAGAGAGUGAAAUCAAUUUUCUUCACAACUGCCGAUGUCUGGCAAUAUAUUGCAAGCUAACUUACUGUAUGGUUUGUUACAAAACCAAAUGUU